AGCUGAAAGCAGCUCUUAUCAGCCACACAAAACAGGACAUCUGCCUCGAUAUAAAUUUUAGAACUCUGCUCCGACCAUCAAGAUGUCCGCAGCACAGCUUCUGAACCCCAAGGCGGAGUCGAGACGGAGAGGAGAAGCUCUUAAGGUCAACAUUAAUGCUGGUGAGGGACUGCAAGAUGUUUUAAAGUCGAACUUGGGUCCCACGGGGACAAUAAAGAUGCUGGUUGACGGUGCCGGUGGAAUUAAACUCACAAAAGAUGGCAACGUUCUCCUCCGUGAGAUGCAGAUCCAAAACCCUACAGCAGUUAUGAUCGCCAGAGCAGCGACCGCUCAAGAUGAUAUCUGUGGAGAUGGCACGACCUCAGUUGUAUUAUUAGUGGGAGAGCUUUUGAAGCAGGCCGACAGACACAUCUCGGAAGGACUACACCCCAGGGUUAUCACCGAUGGUUUCGAGAUUGCGAAGAACGAGGCGCUUAAGUUCCUGGACGGAUUCAAGCUCGAGAGAGAAGUCGACCGCGAAUUACUCCUUUCCGUUGCACGCACUUCCCUGUCAACCAAGCUCAACUCCACCCUCGCCAACAAGCUUACCCCAGAUAUCGUCGAUGCUGUCCUUGCCAUCUACCAGGCACCGGCAAAGCCCGAUUUACAUAUGGUUGAGAUCAUGAAGAUGCAGCAUCGUACUGCCUCUGAGACGCAACUGAUCCGUGGACUGGCUUUGGAUCACGGUGCACGCCACCCUGAUAUGCAGAAGCAUGUCGAGAACGCCUUUAUUCUAUCGUUGAAUGUCAGCUUAGAAUAUGAGAAGUCCGAGAUCAACUCCAGCUUCUACUACUCCAGUGCCGAGCAGAGGGAUAAGCUCGUCGAGAGCGAGAGGCGUUUCGUGGAUGAGAAGCUUCGCAAGAUUGUUGGGCUUAAGAAGGAGGUUUGCGGCGACGACCCGAAGAAGGGCUUCGUCAUUAUCAACCAAAAGGGUAUCGACCCUCUCUCCCUCGACGUUCUCGUCAAGAACGGCAUCUUCGCCCUCCGCAGAGCCAAGCGCAGAAACAUGGAGAGGCUUCAACUUAUCUGUGGCGGUAUUGCACAGAACAGUGUUGAUGACCUUUCCCCUGAAGUUUUGGGCUGGGCAGGCCGUGUCUACGAGCACCAGCUUGGUGAGGAGAAGUACACAUUCAUUGAUGAGGUCAAGGACCCGAAGUCCGUCACCCUCCUCAUCAAGGGACCCAACCAACAUACUAUCACCCAAAUUUCGGAUGCCGUGCGCGACGGUCUUCGCAGUGUUUAUAACAUGAUCGUGGAUAAGAGCGUUGUCCCUGGUGCCGGAGCUUUCCAGGUUGCAUGUGCCGCACAUCUUAACAGCGAUGCGUUCCGCAAGACAGUUAAGGGCAAGGCCAAGUGGGGUGUCCAGGCUUUCGCCGAUGCGCUGUUGAUCAUUCCCAAGACUCUGGCUGCCAACUCUGGUCACGAUGUCCAGGAUUCCCUGGUUGGCCUCCAAGAGGAGUACUCCGACGGAAACAUUGCCGGUCUCGACCUAUCAUCUGGUGAGCCGAUGGAUCCAAUUCUGGAGGGUGUAUACGAUUCAUUCCGUGUGUUGAGAAACUCGGUGGCAAGCAGCUCUGGUAUCGCAUCGAAUCUGUUGUUGUGUGACGAGAUGUUGAAGGCUAGGCAGAUGGGCAGGCAGGGAGGUCCUGGUCCGGGAAUGGAUGAGUAAGAAGAGUUUGGCAUUGUCAUGAGGCGUUCAAGAAUACGAUAAAAACUCAUAGAUCUUAAUAGCGACCUCAAAAUGAUGUACAAUACAAUAGCAAGAUUGUAGAAUAUGAAACAUCUUGUAAAUG